ACAAGAGGUGUUACCAUCACGUCAGAGUAGCGGCCGCUGCUUUUACAGGCCUGCGUUUAGCGGCAAUGACACAACUACAUCGGGAGUAUGCAAACCUUAAGCUUCCCAUUCUGUUAUACGCUGCCAUGGAAGCUCUGCUUGAUUUUGCGAUGUCGCGGCGAUUCGUCCGUGAUCUUACGCCCGCUCUGAGCGGCGAAUCGGGAUGUGCUGAACGACGAACAGCGGUGCGGACACACCGCGGCGGAUGCAAUCUACGCCACACCCGUGUCGACGUAGACCAAGGUUGUGCACGGUCAAGUUGCCGGCCGCUCCCAGGAAGGACCGUCCCGCUCCUGGGCUCGACUUUACGACGCUGGUAAAGUCCCGUGUAUGCGAGCUUCCCCUCCUUCGUUGGAAAAUAUGCCAACGACAUCUCAGCCAAGACGCUCCAAGCGCUUCUGGUUCAUCCUUGGCGGCUGCUCUACAGUCGUAACUGCGAGUGAUACCCCCAGCGACUCAACAUCUGCAUCCUCCAAAACGUCCGCACAAGGCACAACUACCACGCUCACCCACACGGUAACGCCAACCUUACCAUCCACUACAGCGGGGCGUCUCAUCUCUACCUCCCUAUCCGCUUCGAACUUGGACAGCACGAGCCAGAGCAGCACACCGUCUAUGACACCUUCGCCCUCCCCAUCCCCCUCUGGCGCUAGUGUAACCUCUGUCGAACUCACACGAGUCGUUCUUCCUCAGUCUUCUGUGACAUCCGAUCCCUCGCAGUCCACUGCACAAUACGCACCCAUCACUUCUGCACCCACGUUCACGUCCGGACUACGCGUAUCCAGCCUACUCGGAGUCUCGUCUGCAGUAGGGAACAGUACCAGUACAAGCGCACAUACCCAAACAUCAGCCGGCAGCGGCCUCUCUGAGUCUCUUCAGCCACUGGUGCCCAGCGCCGCGAGCUCUUCGGCGUCCUCUCAACGCGUCUCGCGUAUACCCGCCCCGGCGCUCGUAGCAGCCACGGCUUCUGUCGUACUGGUCGCUGGCGCUGCUGUUCUUCUGCUCCUACGUUGGAUGCGCCGACGACGGACGCGCACCUGCGCGCUGCGCGACCGCUCCGGAAGAUCACCAAGUCACUCGGACGACACUCCUUUCACCCCUGUGCUCGUACGCUCGCACUCGCGGGCCCGUUUCGAGUGGCAGGCGGACGAUCGCAUUCGAGAUGAGAGCACGGAUACCCGGUACCGGCUCGUGUCCGGCAACGAAUGCGGCGCACAGGAGGGCGACGCUGCGGGCCUCAGGCGUGCACCUUCGUUCUCAACGUCGAGCGCGAUUGACGUGAGUCACAAAGACGGGGGAUAUCUCGAACAGGAACUCCCUAGCCCCCCUUCGCCAACACUCGAACCAUUGUCGGGGGAGCCGCUACCUCAGCAUCGCGCGGGUAUCCCCGCCGACCAGUACAUGAUACCCCAGGCAGCUGCGUUGGCGCCAGAUCUGGAGACGGCGGUGCAGGGCGAGAGGCUUCUCCAUCUCGCACUCCCGUGGGUCCUCGGUCAACGCGUUCUGGCCGUGAUGGCGCGCGAGGACGCGCGCUCGUUGGAGAGCGGGGGGUCGGAGUCGUUGCCUGCGUACGAACCACGCGAACAGGGACAGGCUGGUGGACUUUGA